AUGCCUUUGCGGAGAGAUGCCGUGAAUGGUAGGACUGGUACAGACCAACCCCUCGCCGACAUGGCCUGUUUCCCCGUGCUGCUCUCUCGGAGUGCUUCCCCACGCCAACCCGGUGGACGGCCUUAUGAUGGAUCCCCACCCAAUGAUAUCACCAGAAACCGCCGAACCGUCCCCAGAAUACCAUUCGGAACAAGGAUGGUGAUUUUCGUGGAUUAUGCAGAAGAUGAUCACGCUGCCUUUGCUUCGCAGAAGAACCUAGAGGCAAAGCGUUUGCUCUCAGCGGAUAUUGCAGUGCUUGGUCCCCCAGAAAACACCAGAAUGCCGGUCCCGCUAUCGGCCGACUGUGCUGCUGAAAGUGGGACUAAGUCCAGAAGUGCCGAGGACUGGAGUACUUCCGAAGCAAGGGAAGAAAGAGAAAAAGCUCUGGACUCCGUCGGCUCAAAGUUUUCUUUGGCUCUGAGCUGCUAUCCGAUAGUAAAGCAGAUCGCUCGCUGUGUGGAUUUGAAUACCCUACAUGCCUUGUCCAGAACAUGUCGUCAGUUUCGCGAGAUAUUGCUCGCUUCUCGGGGUCUAUUGAUUCGCGAAACGCUGCGUUGUCGCUAUGACUCACUUGGAGAAAGGAACGACGCUCAGAAAACUUCUCAGCAGCAGUUCGGGUUUACAAAAAUAUGCCCCUGCGCGAGGGAUAUGGUGGCUCAUUGCCAGAGAUGUUCCUCCGUAGUCUGCAGAAAUUGCGCCAUGAAACCACCUACCAUUACGAUAUUAAAGAAUCGCCUUCGUCGACUUUGUUCUACAUGUCUAGAGGCGCCUCUACAGUCGUUAAUAGAUCAUAACACCUGCCUUGGUUCCCCUUUCUGUUCCUGCAGCAACGAAGUCUGGUUCUGCCGGCCCUGCGGCCAGGUCUUGCACAGUGAUGACACCGCAUACAGGCGUGUGUUCUCGUGGCGGACACGAUAUAGCACAUACCUGGGCGGCGGCCCUGGUACAGGCAUUGGCGACACUUGUCUGGGCGUACAGUGCGGAAGAGAGGAUAAAUGCCUUGCGGCAGAAGAAAUUGAGGUCGAAGUAGACUGCGAAGUCGAUGACUGGGGGGCAGAGCAUUCGGAGCAUCCGAGUCCUCACCCCGGCGAAGGCCAUUCCGCAGAGGAUGAGGGUCCCGGAUAUUUGAGGCAAGAGAUAAUGGGAGUGGGCGGCGUGGUGAAACAAAAGGUGAAGAAGAGAGUCAAGGUCGGUGCGAGUGUCGAUGAGCACGACGAUGAGCGUGAAUCGUCAGCGUACUUGAAGAAGGAAUGCUCGGGAGCCGUCAGGAGCUGGUGUGGAUGGUGCUCGCGGGUGGUGCCGAGCAGGACGGAGCUCACGGCUGAGAUACCAUCAGUUGCCCUCCCCACUCCUCCGUCCAAAGUUGGCACGACGCAACGACCUGUAUUGAAUCAUGCUGUUGGUGGUAUGGUUGGCAACAUCCCUCUUUCGUUUGACCAAUCGGAUAAAAAACACUGCAGACAUGCGGUCCCUCGUAAUACACGCACACACACAUUCAAUAAAGGUACGCGUUCAUAG